GAUCGGAAGAAUGUUUGCCCGGUUGCUUGGCGGCGCAGCCAUGUUGGGAACAUUAGAAGGGAACCAACAGUACAACUAGAAGGACGGGAACACCUAGGUUCGGCAGCGGCGUGUCGUUUAACACCUAACACCACCACAAUGGCUGACCCGGAGAAGCAGCCCGAACAACCCAAGGCUGUACAGCAAAAGCAGGUCAUCGCUAACAAAGUGACCGGGACUGUGAAGUGGUUUAACGUGAAGAGUGGCUACGGGUUCAUCAACAGGAAUGACACCAAGGAGGAUGUAUUUGUCCAUCAAUCGGCCAUCGUUAAGAACAAUCCGAAAAAGGCUGUACGCAGCGUGGGGGACGGGGAAGUCGUCGAGUUCGACGUGGUCAUCGGCGAGAAGGGAAACGAGGCGGCAAACGUGACGGGACCGGAAGGAGAGGCGGUCAAGGGCUCACCCUACGCAGCGGACAAGCGGCGAGGAUAUCGGCAGUGGUUCUACCCUCGUCGAGGUGGCGCGAGGCCGCCGCGCAGGCCGCGCGAGGGUCAGGAAGGAUACGAGUCCGGGGAGGGCGGGAAGCCCCAGGACGACGCUAGCGCCGGGGAAGGAGGAGGAGGGCAGCAGCAGCAGCGGCGAUACAGGCCGCGACGUCGCUUCGACGGAUAUUACCGAGGGCCGCGUCGCUCCGGUCCCGGAGGCCACCAGCACCAGGGCGAGGGAGGCGAGGACGUCGGUGAGGGAGGCGAGCAGGGCGGCGAGGGACUCGCCGAAGGCAACGUGCCGCGCGGUGGAGGUGGAGGACGGGGACGAGGUGGAGCUCCCCGACGGUUCUUCCGUCGCAAUUACCGCGGCGGUAGGGGUGGAGGUCCCCCCAGGCGUCCGAGGAGCCAGGAUGGCCAGGUGAGCGAUGACGAGGAGGGUGCCGGUGAGGGGGGCCUGCAGGGUGCAGGCGGCUCGCAGCGGCCCCUCCGCCCCCGCUACAGGCGUCGUGUUCCCCGCCAACCUCGUCCGAAUACCCAUCUCCAGGGCGCCAACAAAGAGAACCUCCAGCCCGCGGCUAACAAACCUGCUGAUCCUCCUCAUGCACAAGCUACAGCCAAGACCCUCUCUGAGGGCGGCGACAAGCCUGUCAAGUCGGAGCAAAAGCCGGAUGCACCUAAGGAUGCACCUGCACCUGCCCCCGCUCCACAGGAAAGUCAACCAGUGCAGAACACCACCACCGAAAGCACUGCUUAAGGGAUAAGAUUGCCGCUGUAUCGUCAGAAGAACUUUCGUCAUAUUGAAUACCGGCGAUAUCGCGAUUU